AUGGCUGAAAGAAUUGAGGACCUUGCAAGAGACUUGAACCGUCAGCUGAAAGACAAAGUUAAGACAUUCAUUGCUUUCUCUGUAGCACUCGAUGAGAGUACUGACGUUAACGACAUAGCUCAACUGGGGUUAUUUAUUCGUGGAGUUGAUGAAUCUUUGAACAUCACUGAAGAAUUUGUUGAGCUGGUUCCAAUGACAGACACAACUACCUCCAACGACAUUUAUGCCAGCCUCAUUGGUGCUCUGGAUAGACUGGAAGUUGACUGGAGUCGCGCUGUUAGUGUGGCAACGGAUGGCGCUCCAUCCAUGGUCGGGAAAAAGGCAGGCGUUGUGACAAAAUUAAAAGAGAAAAUUCAAAAAGAGAACCCAACCCAAAAAUUCUGGAAUUUUCAUUGUAUUUUACACCAGGAAGCGUUGUGUAGCAAAACCCUAAAGAUGGACAAUAUUAUGAGUGUGGUAAUAAAAACUGUUAAUUUCAUCAGAGCAAAGGGGCUCAACCAUCGGCAAUUUGAGGCCUUUUUAUCUAACAAAAAUAUUCCCCGCAGUCUACCUUACCACACCGAAGUUCGCUGGUUGAGCAGGGGAGCCGUGCUCAAACGUUUCUUUGAACUGCGCUCAGAAAUCAGUCAGUUCAUGAAAGAUAAGGGAAAACCGGUGACUGAGCUGGAUGACCCCGAGUGGGUUCGUGACCUUACUUUUAUGGUGGACGUAACUGAGCACUUAAAUGUGCUCAAUGCUAAGAUGCAAGGCUGCAACAAAAUCGUAAAUGAAUAUUACGAUUGCAUUCGCGCAUUUGAGAUGAAACUAGAUCUGUGGGCGACACAGCUUUCCCAAGGUAACCCAGCUCAUUUUCCCUUUUUAAAAUCUGUGUACACCACUCACGGCAAAGACAACAUGGACAAAUACAAAGAAAAAAUUGUUGGUCUGCAGAAGGAGUUUCAGAAUCGGUUCCAGAUCUUUAAUGAACUUGAGAAGGAAUUUGCUGUCUUCCGUUCACCGUUUACUGCGAGCGCAACGGAUGUACCGGAGGAACUCCAAAUGGAACUAAUCGAACUGCAGUGCAACACAGCUUUGAAGGACAAAUUCGCACUGUGGAUUUAUUUUACCAAAACCUCGGACCGACGUUCCCCAAAAUGACAGGUUUUGCAUCCAAAAUCCUCAGCAUGUUCGGGACGACAUAUCUCUGCGAGCAGGCAUUUUCUGUAAUGAACAUUAACAAGUCCAACCUGCGCUCUCGACUCACACACAGACAUCUAAAUGACAUUAUGAGAGUGGCAACGGCUCAAAAACUGGUUGCUGACGUUGAUGCACUGGUCGAAGAAAAGAGAAGUCAGGUGUCAGGAAGCAGGAGUUAAAAGCAUUAUGCGUACCUGUGUAUACUUGCGUAUGUCACCUCAUCUAGAUUUUUAUUUGUUAAAGGAAAGUUCUCAUUUGUAGUGUAUAGUUAAUGUUCAUAUCUAAAGUGAAUGAUAUUUUUUUUCAUUUGCAUUAACAAUAAAGAAUUUAUUUUUGUAUAUGAUUUUUUCUAAACUAUUGAGUUGUUAAAGGCAGUUUUUUUAAAUUGUGAAGUGUUUUUCUAGUUUGUAAAUUAUAUUGUAGCCAUUAGCUUCAUAUUUAAUGUAACUGUCUGUACACAGAGUCUGCAGCAUUUUUUAUUUCUUAUUUUAUCAUUACUAAAAAGUAUCUGACAGGUAAUAUUCAUGUUCAAAGGAAAGGAUUUUGCUUUUUCCCCAAAAAGGAAUAAGAGUGUUAAUGAACAGUUUCUGAGGACUUGUUAAAUGCAGUUUUACAGAAUAUAGUGUAUUUGUUGUAAUUUGAUGCACUAUGAUUAAAAAAUAAUAAUAAUAAAUUCGGCCCGCACAUGGUCACAUUUCUUCUCAUCCGGCCCUCA